CUCCCCAUCGAGGAGACGCUGGAAGACAGCCCCCAGGAAGAUAAACUUUCACUUGACAGUCAUUUUAAGAAAUAUACGUCAACUGGAGGGAUGACUUAAAAACAUCAACAGAAGGUGGGCAUGCAGAAAGUGUAUCAUUGCUUCCUGAAGGACAUUGCCCCGUGUACCUCAACUACGAGAUGGUAGAUGAGAUCUAGCCCGUAGUACGGUCUCUGGCUCAGAGACUAAACCUGAUGUACCCUUGUGAAGAGGAAAUUGUUUUGAGAGACCCGGUCUUUGCUGGGAGUCUUUGAAGAAGAUGCUGCUGCAAUUUCCAAUUACAUCAAUCAGUUAUUUCAAGCCAUGCACAGAAUAUAUGAUGCACAGAAUGAAUUAAGUGCAGCAACUCAUCUGACCUCAAAGCUUCUGAAGGAAUAUGAGAAACAGCGUUUCCCACUAGGGGGAGAUGAUGAAGUUAUGACUUCUACUCUGCAGCAGUUUGCAAAAGUGAUAGAUGAGCUCAGCUCUUGCCAUGCAGUGCUUUCAACACAACUUGCAGAUGCAAUGAUGUUUCCUAUUACCCAGUUCAAAGAAAGGGAUCUAAAAGAGAUACUAACUCUAAAAGAAGUUUUCCAAAUUGCAAGCAAUGACCAUGAUGCUGCCAUUACCAGAUACAGUCGGUUGUCAAAACGAAGGGAAAAUGAAAAGAUCAAGUCUGAAGUUACAGAAGAUGUAUAUACUUCGAGGAAAAAACAGCAUCAGACUAUGAUGCAUUAUUUCUGUGCAUUAAAUACUCUUCAGUAUAAAAAGAAAAUUGCUAUGCUAGAACCCUUGCUAGGAUACAUGCAAGCUCAGAUAAGUUUUUUUAAAAUGGGUUCAGAAAAUCUUACUGAGCAAUUGGAAGAAUUUUUGACCAAUAUUGGCACAAGUGUACAGAAUGUUCGCAGGGAGAUGGAAUGUGAAGUAGAAAACAUGCAACAAACUAUAGAGGACUUGGAAGUAGCUAGUGAUCCACUGUAUUUGCCUGAUCCGGACACAACAAAAUUUCCUGUUCAUAGAAAUCUAACACGGAAAGCUGGCUAUCUCAACGCAAGGAAUAAGACAGGGCUGGUAUCUUCCAGUUGGGAUAGACAGUUUUACUUCACUCAAGGUGGAAAUCUGAUGAGCCAGGCAAGAGGUGAUGUUGCUGGAGGACUUGUUAUGGACAUAGACAACUGUUCUGUAAUGGCUGUGGACUGUGAAGACAGACGAUACUGUUUCCAGAUAACAUCUUUUGAUGGCAAAAAGUCUUCAAUCUUACAGGCAGAGAGUAAAAAAGAUUAUGAAGAGUGGAUAUGCACCAUAAACAACAUAUCUAAACAGAUCUAUCUAAGUGAAAACCCUGAGGUAACUUCACUAAAAUUUAUGUUAAGAUGCAGAUAUGCACGAAAUCAACUGUAUCUAAUUGAAGAGAUUGCUGCACGUGUAAAUCAGUCAGCUCUGGAGGCUGUUACUCCAUCUCCUUCCUUUCAGCAGAGGCAUGAGAGUAUGCGGCCAGCUGUACCAUCUCGUCCUCCUGCAGCUCGUACUGGCAGCACAGGGUCCCUGGGAUCCGAAUCAGCAGCUUUAUCGGCACUUUCCUUGGAUUCACUUGUUGCCCCUGACACUCCUAUACAAUUUGACAUAAUAUCUCCCGUUAGUGAAGAUCUGCCUGGUCAAGCAAAAUCUUCAGGGCAAUCAGGCAGACGCACAAAUCCUUUUGGUGAAACUGGAGGCUCAAAAUCUGAAACAGAAGAUUCAAUUCUUCAUCAGUUAUUCAUUGUAAGAUUUCUUGGCUCUAUGGAGGUGAAGUUUGAUGAGAGUCCAGAUGUUGUUUAUGAAACAAUGCGUCAAAUACUAGCAGCUCGGGCCAUCCAUAACGUUUUCAGGAUGACGGAGUCACAUUUAUUAGUCACUUGUGACUGUUUAAAGUUAAUUGAUCCACAGACACAAGUUACAAGACUACGAUUUCCUUUGCCCAAUGUAGUCUUGUACGCUACACACCAGGAGAACAAGCGCCUUUUUGGAUUUGUGCUGAGAACUUCAGGAGGGAGAGUUGAGAGCCAUCAGACUUCCAUCUGCUAUAUAUUCGAAUCAAAUAACGAAGGGGAAAAGAUUUGUGACUCUGUUGGACUGGCAAAACAGAUAGCUUUUCAUGCAGAACUGGACCGAAAAGCAUCAGAGAAGCAGAAAGAAAUAGACAGAGUCAAAGAGAAACAACAAAAAGAACUGAAUAAACAAAAACAAAUUGAGAAGGACUUAGAAGAGCAGAGCCGGCUGAUAGCUGCUUCCAGCAGGUCCAACCAGAGCAGUGGAGAAGGACAGUUUGUAGUCCUUAGCAGUAGCCAAUCCGAAGACAGUGAUUUAGGAGAAGAUGGAAAGAAGAAGAGAGAAUCUGAAGCCUAAAGUUGCCUGCUUGGUUGCGAUGGAAACCAUGGAUUUAUCUGGUGAAAUGGCACAAGUUCUACAAGAAGUGAAAUGUAGGUGGAGGGUCUGUUCUCUCAGAUAAAAGACUUCACAAUAUGUAGACCCUAUUAUAUCUUGAUUUUUCUUUCUCAUUUGAGUGAUUUCCAUUUUCAUGUCAGUAUAACUUCUAUAUGAGGCAUGGUGAUGCUACCAUGUUUAUUAUAAAAUGAUGUUUUCUCAAGGCUUCUCUGCAGUAUGGAAAAAACUGUGGGCUUUUUUUCCCCCACUUACCUCUCUCUGCAAUUGACUGCUCUUGAAGCAAAAAUGUAAUACUCUCAUUGUACUCCAGCAGUACACUGACAUUUGUUCUUGACACUCCAGUAUGGAGAACACCUUGCUGGAAACAAAAGUGGAUGUCCAAAUAAGAUAGUGCUAAGCUUUACCUAACUUGUGGCACGUAACUGUUGCUACAUUUAGAAAGAAAAAUCCUUAUGAACAGCAGUGAAAUGUGCAAUAGUUCUAGACAGAAAGAUCUUUUUUGUUUCAUGUUGCACUGUAUGAUGCUGAUUUGAUUUUUUUUUUCAAAUAUGAUGCUGAAAGAUUUCUUUCAACAGGAGAAAAAAAUAGUCAGACCUUGAUAAGAGCUGAUGAGACACACUUGCACUUUGCUGCAUGAGGAAUGUAUAAAGCAUUCCUUAUCAAGAGAUAAGAAUAAUGUAUAUAUUCUUGUAGCACAAGUGCCAUGUCCUUGGUUUUUCCUCAGUACUUGUAAGAAAAAGCUGUAAGCCUUUGAGUUCACUUUUUUAUAAAACAUGCUUAGAGUUGCAGGAACAUACUGAAUUCCAUCAUUUGAAAAAUCUUUUAAAUCUGUAAAUGCUUUGCCAACAGUGUGCCACUGUACUGAAAGUGAGUUGAAGCUCCUUUAGUUUUUUAUGGAAAUGGAUUUGGCAAACAGAAUUUACUAGCUCUGAAUGAAGAGAGUCUGCUAAUCCUACAUCCGAGAGUCAAUCCUGUAAAGCAUUUUUCAAAGCAAUGUCUGUUUACAGCUUGUAAUCUCAACUCCUGUGUUCCAUACCCUCUGUAAUAUUUAUUUGUAUAGUACUAAAUGUGCAUUCACCUUUUGAUCCAGAAGAGAAAACUUGUUUGAAGAUAAAUAUUUAUUUUUGCACUAAUUACUAUAAAUACUAGUACCCCAUGGAACAGAAGAUAUCUCUCUAGUAGUGGCAUGAAAAUAACAGGAAACGUAGAAAGAGAAAAAUAUACUCCAAGUUAUAAUAUAACAGUUAUGAGCAUUUUACAGUUCCUUGCAGGGCAUUUCUGGUGUUCAGGAAUGAAAGCAAUUUUCAGAAUAUCUCCCCAUCAGCUGGUGAUGGCCCAGCCCUUCAUAGCUGGAGUUUGCUCAGUGCUAAUCAAAUAAGUGAGGACUCUCAGGACCUCUCUGCUAGGUAUCUGUAGGAGCACAGAGGGAUUUUCAGCUCUCCUCACUGGUGGGAGCAGCCCCAUGCUGGGUUAGGAAGGCAGCCUCCUCUGCCUCUAUAGCUGGAGAUGCUAGGUUCUGUCAGCAUCUGGAUCGUGUCAGCAGAGAGGAAUGGCUCUCCUUGCAGCACCUGGGCAGGGUGAGCAGAGCUUGCUGCAGUGGGAGCAGAUGGCACUGGCCCUGCAACCAAGGGAAGCGCUGGAGUAGCCUUGGAAGGGGGCACAGAACUGCUGUCUUAAAAGAGGAGGGGGAGGUGGAGCAACAGAGAGCCUCCAGGCUCUAUUACUGAGUUAGCUCCUGUUCCAGUACAUUUUUCAUCCCAAGUAGCCAGUCACUUGCAGAAAUGCCUGCUUUUGCUGUUGCCCAGUCAGGUCAAAUGGCAAUGCCCUGUGGCUAGAGUGGGCUAGCACAUUGUCACAUGGACCACACGGAUCUGAGGCUUUGUUCUAAGAACGAGUGGCAUUUUUAUUUCAUAUAUAGCAGGUUUUUCUCAGCUCUCAUCCUUAAGAGACUGUAGUUAUUUUUUCCAACCAAAAUAUACAGAGAGACAGAAAAGCCAAUUUUUCCCCUUUUUGUGCCUAAAUCUACACUUACAGUUAGUUGCAUGGCAGCCAGGUUGGCUCUGCAAAUUGUUAUUGCUCAUGUUUUUAUCUUUUGUUUGUUUGUUUUUACUUAUUGAUAUUUCUGUGUUCUAUCACAUAAUAUGACAGAAUAGCUCAAGAUUACUUUGUCUUCCUCAAGUACGUGCUGAACAUGGAAGUAGAAUUGAAACAGCACAGGAAGAAUAUGAAAUGGGUGGUCUCCAGUUUCAGUUAUCUAGUUGCUCAGCUUGUUAGAGUAGGACUGAAUAAUGUAUUAACCAGUUCAGCUGCAGUAGGCCAGCUCCAUAUUUGGGAGACAGUUAACAGAUGAGCAGUCUCAUCACAAAGCAUUUCAGUGUGUAGCCUGGUUUGCAGUAGCCUGUUGAGAUGUCAGAAAAUUGAAUGCUCUACUUUUUCUUGAAACCUGCUGUUGCCUGCUGUAACCAUCAGUCUGCACAGAUGAGGAAGAAAGCAGGAGACUAAAGUUGGCAGGUGAAUUUACUGUCAGAUGGGAUUUUUGAGACUUAAUAAAAUGAUUGAAGAGAGUGGUUGAAAAACCCCAGAUUGAUACGCAUGAAUGAAAUGCCAGUGGGGAGGUUAUUGCCUAUUUACGGGAGUUUCACUGGUGUAAAAUGAAUAAAGAAAUAUAUAAAAGCAUCUGGGAGAGUGAGGAAGCUGGGAGAGUGAAGGGCAGGGCAGUAGAGAUAAGGAAGUUAAAUGGAAAUAGUGCAUGGAAUUAGCUGUCACUGUUAGCAAAACUCAGUAAACCUCACUCUGCCUAUCAGUGUGACAUUUAUUUGAGUUUUGCCUUAGGGGAGAAGCAAAGAAUAACUCUUAAGGUUUUAUCCAUGCCUUCCUCUCCAAAAUAAAAAAAGUUACUUGCUACCUUUUCUCCUGUGAGGUUUAGAACUACUUCAUUGGAAACCAUUUUUGUUAGUAAAAAUAAUUAAGAGUGCUUAGCGUUUUCCUUGAGGGUGGGACUUUCAGUGUGAACACCUCAUGUUCUCCUGAGAAUACUGUGGCAAGAUUUCACCACCUGAGCAUUUUAUUUUUGUAAGUUAGUUACUGGUUGAUUUCUUCUUCUUCAAUUCAUUUCUUCCAUUUAAUAUUUACUGUUGCCUUUUACUUACAGACUGAUCUUUCAGACCCUUCCAGAUGAAGCUGUAGUUUGCUUCCUGUGCACCUACUACUAUCUCAGACACUCCUGAAUAUAUUAUUUCCAGUACAUAACUAUAAAGGGACUUUGCAUAUGUUCUGAACCAGCAGUGUUGUUCAGGACUAAAUUUUAUGUUACUGAUCUUUUAUCUAUGCUAACUUUUUCUGUUGCUUCACAGUUACUCCCACACUUUUCCCCUUAAGUAACGGGAUAGUAUGUUUUUUACACUAUGUAGAUUUACACACUGCUGACCAAGCAAGUCUUGCUGUCAGUUGUUUCAAGCUACAUACAUUAUUUACGUGUCUAAUACCAUGAAUAUCAAAAUACAUCAAGUGUGCUUAUGGGUAUGCAUUUUCCUGUGAUGCAGAUAAUACCUAGCACUCGGCUGUGGCCACUAGUAGAUGUCUCCAAGUUGAAAUCAGAGGACACAGGGGGAGUCAUACACCCCUUGGCCAUAUGUGACUGGUUGUGAAAAGUUAGUGUAAGCUAAUUUGAAUUUGGUAGUCUAUUGCUUUGUCAGUCUGCUUAGGUCUGAAAUUCUGUCAAGACAAGUCACCAUCCAACAGUAAGGUAAUAUUUAAGAGUUAAGGAAUAUUCCCCCUCUACAGUAUUGUCAGAUUUCACCUUUAUAUGCAUGUAAACUCAGGGCUGAAUAUCCUGAAAGAUCUGAAGCUGUUUAUGAAGAUACAAUCCACGUACAUUGCUGUAAGCAGCAAAUUUGACUGUGUGUCUAAGAUAAAUUCCGAUUAAAUACUUGCAAGAAUUUAGGAGGAGCCAAUGGAGAAAAACUAUCUUACAAUACAGUCUCUCGUUAUUUCUCACAUAGAGAAAGAAAACCUGCCCCUGUUCAGUGAAUUUAGUGGAGAUACGGUCUAGUCCAGCAGGAAGAGCCAAUAUUCUGUAUUCUUACUUUUCCUCUAUUUUACAAAAUGUCUCACAAGUCAAUUGGUCUCCCAGGCUUUUCUUUUUAACCAAGCAGUACGAUGGUUUUAUUUUUCUUCCUGCCACUGUGGGUGUCAUUGUGAGUGCACCUGGAUUCCUAAUGAAUGAUUGCCAGCCAAGGAUUUUGUACAAUCUUUCAGGUCAUUUUCCUAAUAGAGUGGUCAAAUUCUUAAGCUGAUGUUCUGGAUUGGUCCUGUUCUAGUGAAGUGUCAGUGGUUUUUUGCAGUGUUUGAGACUGACUUGCACAUUUUCCUUGAAUAGCUGUAUUAAAAUCCUCCAUUGGCAUAUUUAUGUGAACUUUGAUUGUUGUGUCUUAAUCUUGGAAACAUGGAUAGUAAACAUAUUAUGCCAGGGCUUCAGUCAGCAUUUUGUAGAAUAAAUAAAAGCUUAAUUAUUGUAACUUUCUGAGUGGGAUUUGUACUGAUGCAAAAACCUGCAUUUUUCAUAAUGCUGACUUCCAGGAAGUACCACUGUUGGUGACAGGAUGCAUUCCCUUCCAUUAAACUAAGUUUUAAGAUGCAGUUAUAUCCUUCUGCUGUCAACAUGUAUCUUGGUUCUCUUAAUUUCAAUCAUAUUAGUCAGAUAACCUCAGAUAAAUUUGUUGUACUUGGGAAUGCUGAUAACUUACUGUUACAAGAAUCAAAGACUGAACAUGAGAAGAAGAUCCUCACCCUCGUAGCUGGCUGGUGCUGCCCAUGUUGUCACAGGACAAUGUGUGGCACGCUGCAGAGCUGUGCUUAUUGUAAUAACCAGAACUCUCAUGUACAGAAGCUAUACCAGCACAACCAUUAACAUGGGUACUAAUACCUACCUUCAUGGGCUUCAUUAGUUCAUUAUAUGAUAAAAACGAUCUAAAAAGCAACGGUCAUAACUACAUCAUGGUUAAACUUGUAUUUUGUAAGGUUUGUAGAUUUUUCUGGGGAAAAACAGACUUUUGAACUCUGUAACUUCUGUGAUAAAGAUGCAUGUAUAACUAGAAAAAAGAUCUAUGCUUACUUGAUAAUGAAGGAAUAAAUACUACUAAUGCCAA